AAAUGGCGGCCGUACAAGGUAGUCUGGUGGAUUCAGAGGAAGAGAAGGACAUUAAAACAGAUCCAUCCAGUGAUGUAUGUGGAAGUAGCAAUAAUAUAAACGACGCGAAACCCGUCUCUAACACGCCCGGGACUAAUGCUCCUUCUGGAUCCACCAAACCCUCCGUAGGGACAGCGGAGGAGCAGCAAACCCUGCUUGCAGUUCUGCAAUUCCUCAGAAAGAACAACUUGAGCGAGUCCGUCGAGAUUUUACGCCGUGAAGCUGGUUUACCUGAAGAUCUACUGGACCUUAAAGAUGCUGAUGGUUCUGGGGCCGGCUCUGGUGGAACGGCAGCCGGAGUGGGUCUUGAAGGAGGGGAUGCGAGCUCUCUGCUCAGUCGGGUGACCGUGGCUGCGUCCGGAGUCCAGGCGCCAACAAAAGCUACAAGUGAUGAUCAGCCUGAUGUGAGUGUUGUCCUAUCAGCCUACAGCCAGCAAGGAGACCCAACUUUAUAUGAGGUUUACUACAGUGACCUUAAAAAGUUUAUAGAAACGGUUUUGGACUGUCACCGAGCAGAGCUAUCCCAAGUCUUUUACCCACUAUUUGUCCAUAUGUAUCUGGAGCUGGUGUACAACAGUCAUGAAAACGAGGCCAAGUCGUUUUUUCAAAGGUUUAGCGGAGAUCAGGAGUGUUAUUAUGAAAAUGACCUCAGGGUUUUGUCCAGUCUGACCAAAAGAGAGCACAUGAAGGGCAAUGAGACUCUACUAGACUUUCGCACCAGCAAAUUUGUCCUGCGCAUUUCCCGCGACUCAUAUCAGCUUUUAAAAAGACACUUGCAGGAACGACAGAAUAACCAAAUCUGGAAUAUCAUCCAGGAGCAUCUUUACAUUGAUAUUUUUGAUGGCAUGCCACGAAGCAAAAGUCAAAUUGAUGCUAUGUCCGGCAGCUUGGCUGGUGAGGCAAAACGAGAUGCCAAUAAAUCCAAGGUAUAUUAUGGACUACUGAAGGAACCAGAAAUUGAACUACCUCUCGAUGAUGAAGAUGAGGAGGCCGAAAACGAAGAGGGGAAACCCAAGAAAAAGAAACCUAAGAAGGAUAGUUUGGGGUCCAAGAGCAAAAAGCAGGACCCAAACGCACCCACACAAACAAGAAUACCUUUACCAGAGCUCAAGGACUCAGACAAAUUAGACAAGAUCAUGUAUAUGAAAGAGUCCACUAAAAGAAUUCGCCUCGGACCAGAAACACUUCCUUCCAUUUGUUUUUAUUCAUUUCUUAAUGCAUAUCAGGGUCUGACUGCAGUAGACUUCACAGAUGACUCCAGUUUAAUCGCGGGUGGCUUUGCUGACUCUACAGUACGUGUGUGGAGUGUCACACCAAAGAAGCUUCGCAAGGUCAAGUCUGCAGCAGAGUUAAACCUCAUUGACAAGGAGUCAGAUGAUGUGCUAGAGAGGAUCAUGGAUGAAAAAACUGCCAGUGAGUCAAAGAUCCUCUAUGGGCACAGUGGCCCAGUAUAUGGAAUCAGCUUCAGUCCAGACAGAAAUUAUCUUUUGUCAAGUUCUGAGGAUGGUACUAUCAGACUGUGGAGUCUUCUAACAUUUACAUGUCUGGUGGGCUACAAAGGCCAUAACUACCCUGUGUGGGACACUCAGUUUUCCCCUCAUGGGUAUUACUUUAUCUCUGGAGGACAUGACAGAGUAGCUCGUUUGUGGGCAACUGACCACUACCAACCCUUGAGGAUAUUUGCUGGUCACUUGGCAGAUGUCACAUGCACACGCUUCCACCCAAACUCGAAUUAUGCGGCCACAGGGUCAUCUGAUCGCACAAUUCGUCUUUGGGAUGUGCUGAAUGGAAACUGUGUUCGAAUAUUUACUGGACACAAGGGACCUAUACAUGCACUAGCUUUCUCUCCCAAUGGGAAGUUUCUGGCUUCGGGAGCAACAGAUGGUCGAGUUCUUCUUUGGGACAUUGGACAUGGAAUAAUGGUGGGAGAGUUAAAAGGCCAUACUGACACCAUAUAUUCUCUAAGAUUUAGCCGGGAUGGAGAGAUCCUUGCAUCAGGAUCGAUGGAUUAUACGGUUCGCCUCUGGGACUCAAUGAAAGCGUUUGAUGACCUAGAGACAGAUGACUUUACAGCUACAACAGGACACAUCCAUCUGCAAGAUAAUUCCCAAGAACUCUUGCUUGGCACAUACACGACCAAAUCAACACCAGUAAUUCACCUUCACUUCACAAGAAGAAAUCUGUUGCUUGCUGCAGGAGCCUAUAAUCCUUAAAAUGCGUUAAAAAGCCUGAAAAUAAGCAGCUAUUACCCAAUAUGUGGUGCCCAGACAUUUAAGCUGUAUAAUCAAAUAUGAGAACUUGACUAAUGUGAAAAGAUGGCCAGACUGUUGUAGGUUUUAAGUGCCAUGAUAAGGAAUAUUCUUAAAAUAUAUACUGCCAUGAGUACAACUAACAAGACUAAUGUUUUAUACAAAAAAGUACUGUAAAUAAAAGGUGUUUUCUA